AUGAAGACCGCAUUUAUUGUGUUUGCAAUACUGGCCUGUUCAGCGCUGGCUGAAGACAGCAAAAAUGCAGCGAAGAAAAACGAGACCGCGGUGGAAGGGCGAGGCCUCUUCUUGGGCAGCAACAAUGGAUUCCCUGGCUGUCCACCAUGCCCGUGCGGGUACGGUGGUGGUACCGGAGGCUUGCCUGCUGCAGGCCUUGGUUCAGGAGUUGCCUUAGGCUCUGGUGCCGGCGUCGGCCACGGAGUCGGAGCAGUAGGUCUCGGUUCUGGUCUCGGAGUCGGUCCCGCGGCCGGAGUAGCAGGGCUCGGUCAUGGUGUCGCCGGUUCCGGGCUCGCACUUCAGCACGGAGCAGCCGGAGGAACCCACGGUGUCAGCAUUACUCCAGAAGCCGGCGCUGCAUCAGCCGGCCUUGGAGACGCAGGAGUUGGUCUCAUCGGUGGGUCCAGCCCCGUCCUCACUCCUGGCGCUGGCGUCGGUUCUAAAGUCGUUAGUGCUGGGGCAGGAGUAGGCGCAGGACCUGCGGUUGGACCCGUAGGGGGUGCUGGCUUCGUUGGAACUCCUGUCGUCCCUGGCGCAGGCAUCGGGGCUGGCACUGGGGCUGGUCAUCAGUCAGCGGCUUCCGGCCACUCGGGCUUUCAGACUGGCUCCGGAUUCGCCACCAAGGCCGGUGGGCACAAGGCUGGGCAGGGAAGCUUCGCCUACAAUGUGGGUGGCUCAGACAGCAACUCAUACGGCCACAGCAGUUCUUAUGGCGACUCAAAGAGCUUCGGCCUGAGCUCCAGUGAAGGUUUCAACCGUGCCCGAGGUCAGGGCAGCCACGGAAGCGCCUUCAACAAGCAGGCCGCCGGCUCAGAAGCCUCAAGUCAUAGCUCCGGGGUCAAGACAAAGGUGGUCGUUUGAAAAAUGUAGGCUUACUUCUUCUUAGUCGACGUAUUUAGCCAAAGAAACACCGCUUGUGGAAAGGAAAUAAAAAUAUAUUUUUUUAA